GGCCAGUAUAAUGUGUGUGGGUGUGUGUGAGAGAGAGGGAUAGCGAGAUGUUGCUCCAGCAGCUGUUGCUAUGCAGCCUGGUGGUCGGGUCACUAAUCUACCUGAUAGCACACCUGGGUCAUGGGGACAGAGGGCAGGUGGUUUGUUCCACAGAGGACACGUCACGUCUUGCGAGCGAUUCUGUUCAGGCCAAUCAGGGUGUGUCACAUGAGGAGCGUGGGGGUGGAGUCAAUAGAGUACACCUGGUGCAGCAGCUUCCACACGCCAUCAUCAUCGGCGUGAGGAAAGGAGGAACUCGAGCUCUGCUGGAGAUGCUGGACCUGCACCCCACCGUGGUCACGGCCUCACAGGAAGUGCACUUCUUCGACAAUGACGAGAAUUAUGGGAAGGGCUUCGCCUGGUACCGCAGCCGCAUGCCGCAUUCCCUGAUCAAUCACGUGACUAUCGAGAAAAGUCCUGCCUACUUCACCACAGAGAAGGUUCCAGAACGGAUCUUUGGAAUGAACGCGUCUGUGAAGCUGCUGGUGAUUGUGCGUGAGCCCGUCACUCGGGCCGUCUCCGAUUAUGCACAAGUCCUAGAGGGCAAACUUCGUAAAAACAAAACCUACCCGAGCUUCGAGUCGCUCGCCAUCGACAGCACCACGGACAGAGUCAACACCAAGUACAAAGCUGUGAGCACCAGCAUCUACACCAAACACCUGGAGCGUUGGCUCCACUUCUUCCCAGCUCAGCAGAUCCACCUUGUGGAUGGAGACCUGCUGAUCUCAGAUCCUCUCCCAGAACUGCAGAUGGUUGAGCGAUUCCUGAACCUGCCACCUUGCAUCGGCCGUGACCACCUUUACUUCAACUCCACAAGGGGCUUCUACUGCCUCCGCUCGGGGCAGCACCGAGGCACGAGGUGUCUCGCAGGGAGUAAAGGACGCAGACACCCCAGUGUUCACCCAGCUGUUCUACACACACUUCGACUGUUCUUCCAUCCAUACAAUCAAAAACUCUACCAGAUCACUGGAAGAACAUUCAGCUGGCAAUAAACAAACACACACACACACUCCUAUGCACACACACACUGUUCAUCACUAUUCGUUUAUCACCAUCUGUUUAUCAACACACAACCUUUUCUAAUUCCUGGAGGACAAUGUACAGGAUCUCCUCCUCCAAAAGGAGUGAGUUCUUGGUGCUCUCAUGAGGUUUCUCUAAGACAGAGCUGUUACAGAGGUUCUGAACUUCUCAGUCGCUCGCCAUCGACAGCACCACGGACAGAGUCAACACCAAGUACAAAGCUGUGAGCACCAGCAUUUACACCAAACACCUGGAGCGUUGGCUCCACUUUUUCCCAGCUCAGCAGAUCCACCUUGUGGAUGGAAACCACGCCCAACAGCCACACCCACAGACAUUACACACAGGCCAGCCCAAUAGCCACACCCACAGACAUUACACACAGGCCACGCCCAACAGCCACACCCACACACAUUACACACAGGCCACGCCCAACACUCACAGACAUUACACACAGGCCACGCCCUCAGUUUAUACACAUCCACUGUAUCUGGACACACAGACCAGGAGAGAUGCUGUAAUCUGCUGUUACCAUGUAACACACACACAGCUUUUGUAUUUAACUUCUGCAACACGUCUCAAAAAAGUUGGGGCAGGGCAACAAAGUACAGAAAAUAAUAUCAUCAAAAGUUUUAAAGAAUCUGGAGAAAUCUUAAUGGAUGUUUGUGAUGUUCAGGCCCUCAGGGGGCACAUUGCAUUUAAAACAGUCAUGAUUCUGUAAUGGAAAUCACUGCAUGGGUUUAUAACAGCACCAGAAAUCAUUGUCUGUGAACACAGUUUGCAUGUCCUCCACAAACGCAGACUAAAUCUCUAUUACGUAAAGAAGAAAGUAUGCGUGAACAUGAUCCAGAAACACCACCAUCCUCUCUGGGCCAAAACUCAUUUAAAAUGUACUGAGGCAAAGUGGAAAACUGUUCUGUGGUCAGACGAAUCAAAAUUUUAACUUCUUUUUGAAAACCAUGGAUAUCACUUCCUCCGGACUAAAGAGGACAGGGACCACCUGACAUGUUAUCGGCUCUUAGUUCACAUCUAAAAAAGGCUCCAUCAAUGCUGAAUUCUAUUUAGAGGUUUUAGAGCAACAAAUGCUUUCAUCCAGCAAACAUCAUUUUCAGGGAAGAUCUUGCAUAUUUGAUCAAGACGAUACUAACUGCAUACUGCCUCUAUUACAACAGCAUGACUUAGUAGAAGAGUCUGGGUGCUGAGCUGACCUGCCUGCCCUCUAGACCUUUGACUAUCAUGAAACAAAAAACACAACAAAGGAAACCCAGAUCUGUUACACAGCUAGAAUCCUGUGCCAGUCACAUAUAGGACAACAUUCCUCUCCUAAAACUUUAGCAACUGGUUUUCUCAAUUCCCAGACGGACAGAAGAUGUGAUGCUACACAGUGGGAAACACGGC